AUGGCAGCCACGCAGCGCCUCUCAGCGCCUCUCCGACGCGCUCUGAGCGCCCUCCGAGCGGCCCGCGGCUCCGGGGAGGAGCAGCAGCGGCUGAUGGCCGAGAUCCAGGGGCUGGUGCUGGAGGGGUGGGGUCUGGCGGCCCUGGGCCGGGGGGUGGCCGCCGCUCUCUGCGACCUCAUCCGUCUGGAGGGAGGUCUGGACCGUCUCCUGGAGCUGCUCAGGUCCCCGACCGCGGAGAUCAGGUACCGGGCGGCCAGACUGCUGGAGCAGGUACUGGUCACCGAGAACAGGGACCGUGUGGCUCACGGGCUGGGCUUGAUCCUGGAGCUGGUGAGGGAGCGCGAGGACGUGCCGAUGGCCAGGGUCAUGUCCGGGAUCCUGCAGCACAUGUUCAAGCACUCGGAGGAGACCUCGUACCUGCUGAUCGCCAACGGCGGGCUGGACGCCAUCCUAUACUGGUGCCGGGGCACGGACUCAGCCCUGCUGCGGCACUGUGCCAUGGCCCUGGCCAACUGUGCCAUGCACGCCGGCCACAAGAACCAGCGGCUCAUGAUCGAGAAGAACGCAGCGAAUUGGCUGUUCCCACUGGCCUUCUCCAGCGACCAGCUGGUCAGGUUCCAUGCCUGCCUGGCCAUCACCGUGCUAGCCACCAACAGGGAGAUCGAGAAGGAGGUGGAGGGGUCGGGGACCCUGGACCUGGUGGAGCCCUUCAUCGCCUCGCUUCACCCCGAGGAGUUUGCGCGGAGCUGGCUCGACAGCGGGGAGAACUCGCAGGGACGCACACCCGAGGACCUGCAGAGGCUGGUGCUCCUGCUGGACAGCCCACGACUGGAGGCUCAAUGCAUCGCGGCCUUCUACCUGUGUGUGGAGGCCGGCAUCAAGUGCGAGCAACACAAAACCCAGAUAUUCUAUGAAAUCGGAGCAGUUCAGAGCCUCAAGCGGAUCGUGAGCUAUUCCCGGAACGUCACCACCUCGGCACUCGCCAAGAAGAGCCUGAAGAUGAUGGGGGAGGCCAUUCCUCGCCGGCUCUCCCCGGCCGUGCCCAACUGGAAACCCUGCGAGGUGCAGACCUGGCUCCAGCAGAUAGGCCUGAGCAGCUACUGCCAGAGGUUCCUGGAGCUGGAGGUGGAUGGAGACCUGCUGCUGGUCAUAUCUGAUUCCGAUUUAAUGGAAGAUCUGGGAAUAACAUCCAGCAUUACUCGCAAAAGGUUUCUGCGGGAGCUGACCGAGUUGAAGACGUACGCCAAUUACUCGACCUGUGACCCCAGCAACGUGGCCGACUGGCUGGGCAGCAUCGACCCCCGCUUCCGGCAGUACACCUAUCACCUGGUCCAGGUGGGCAUGGACCGUGCCAGCCUGCCCACCGUCACCGACACCCAGCUGCUCACCGACUGCCGAGUGCACCUCGCCUUCCACAGAGCUCGUAUCCUCCUCGCUGCCCGGGAGCUGUUGCUGCCGUGUUUGCCCGACAGCUGUAAUAACUCCUGCUCGGAAGGGCCAGAUGUGUUUAUCAGUUACCGGAGGACAACAGGAUCACAGCUGGCCAGUCUGUUAAAGGUCCAUUUGCAGCUGAGAGGAUUCAGCGUCUUUAUUGACGUGGAGAAGCUCGAGGCCGGGAAGUUUGAGGACAAACUGAUCCAAAGCGUGAAGAAGGCGAAGAACUUUGUGCUGGUUCUGUCGGAAAAAGCGCUGGACAAGUGCAUGGGGGACACCGAGAUGAAGGACUGGGUGCACAAGGAGAUUGUGAUGGCCAUGAACAGCGGGAAGAACAUUGUGCCUGUGACUGACCACUUUACCUGGCCGGAUUCCAGAUCUUUGCCCGAAGACAUGAGGGGAAUCCUGAAAUUCAACGGCAUCAUGUGGUGCCAUGAAUAUCAGGACGCCACCAUCGAGAAGAUCCUGCGCUUUCUCUACCACCCUUCCCACCGGAACUCCAUAGUCACAAUGGACAGCAGCGAGAAAGCCAUCAGCCCCCAAAGGCAUGCCUCGACACCCUGACCCCGGACCCUCUCAUCCCCAACGAGAGACAG